AAACAAAUGAGUCGCCCUUGAUGUGCAAUAGCAACUGGUCAUUUCUAUUUUGUAAUUUUUCUGUCUCUUUCGGGGUGGACUUGGGCGUUAGUGUGCAAGUCCGAGUGAUAUGAGUCGAAUCAGUGGCUUGGAAAUCAUCGUCCAAAGUGUCCCUCAUUGUCCUCACCAAAAGCUGUUUAUUUGUGCAUCGUUGUUUGAUUUGUUUGUUUUGUUUCUUUACAUGCGCCAUUUGCUGUUUGUUUGAUUCUUGACAACAAACGACGAGAAGAUGGUGACUAGAAGAAAUAGGAUGUAUCCAACCUUCAUGCUAAUCAUCGUCAUCAUCGCGGUCAGCGGAGCCUAUUCCCAGCAAUUCGGUGGCAACAACAGCAAGAGAAACGACCGAGAGCCUUGUUCGAAAGUCGUGCUAAAAAAUGGCAAAACCAAGUUGCGUUCCAGUGGCCGCGUCGUCAAAUUCAACUGCAAUCGGGAUUACGUGCUGGUCGGUGAAAGUACGUCGACAUGCCUGCUUGGCGAGUGGACAUCGGAAGCUCCUGUCUGUGCUACUAAAGGUUGCCCGAGUAUUCCACCACCUCCAUCAGGUCGUUUCAUCGCCAGCAACGGCGGUGCUGUCAUGAGGCUGGAAUGCAAUCCUGGGUACAGACCAUCCCAUUCGCCCAUGAUCUACUGCGUCGAUAGAUUCGAUUGGAAUGGAACAGCUCCUACUUGCGAAGCGAGCGGAGUGCACGAGUCGGCGACGCGCUGCGACUUUGAGAACGACGACCUCUGCGGAUGGGUCCAGGACACGACGACCGACGAGUUCGAUUGGACGUGGCAAAACUAUGGAACGCCGUCCAGUCACCUGAGCACCGGCCCGUCUUUCGAUCACACCCUCGGCCAAGGCAAAGGCGGUCAUUAUCUAUUCAUCGAGUCUUCCAGUCCGCGUAUAUUGAAUGACACGGCUCGUCUAUUCUCGCCCGUUUACGGACCCCCAGAAUCGUCAACCGUCGCCGCCGAAGGAGUUUGUUUCGCCUUCUGGUUCCACAUGUACGGCAGCACCAUCGGUCAGCUGAAUGUGUACGUUAAACCGGAGAGUAAGAAAAUGACGGAACUGAGGCCAGCCUUUGUCCGGUCUGGAGAUCAAGGUGAUAAAUGGAAACAAGGAUACAUUUCACUGGACAGAGUCACGGAAAACUUUCAGGUGGUCAUUGAAGGAGUCCGUGGCAAUGGCUACGUCGGCGAUUCGGCCAUUGAUGACGUCCAGUUGGCCAAAGGUGAAGAAUGCUUGGCCGCCCUUAAGCGCAUGAUGACCGACACUGUCGUACCAGGAGGAGGAUCGACCGUUCAACCGUCCAGUACGGCACCACCGAACGCUUCGUGCGCUUCUCGAUGUUCCACGACGGCGGAUCAACAGCCGGAAAAUACCAAUACAACGUCGUGGAUGUGCGGCUGCAGCGACGAUUGCCUUUUAAAAAAUUCGUGCUGCUCCGACUACGCCGCCUUUUGUUUGACAGGAACGUCUGUUACGUCGACAGCCAAGGCAACGACCGACGAACGCGAAUCAGCUGUCACCACAACGGCCGGUCUAUUGCAGACGACGACUUUAGCCACGACGACUUUAGCAACGACGACUUUAGCAACAACUUUAGCCACAACGACGACGACGCAACCGCCCAUUGCGUCAUCGGCCACUUGGACGACAGCGGCUGCAACGACGCUGGCCGUCUCUACGACCCCGUUCCUCACGCCAACUUCAACAGCGUCGACGACGACGGCGUUCAGCACAAGCGCGUUUAGCACGGCGGAGUCAUCCAGCGUGACGACGAGCACGAGUUUAGAGGCGAGUUCGACAACAAUAACGAGGCCGACGACAAGGUUCUCUACGACAUUGACGUCGACUAUUCCCACGGUAACAACAACAACAACAUCGACAGCAGCGCCGUCCACCACGACGGCCAUCAAACAGACGACUCGUAAUCCCACGACGACGACGACCCUCUCGGCCGACACUUUGCGGCCGACGCUUGUCCCCACCACGACGACAGGGAGGACAACAAGCGCGACGACCACGUCCACUACAACAAGACCAACGACCGUGUCCACUUGGACAGUUACGCCGUCGUCUAGGCCGACGUCGACGACGACGACAAGUCUAUUAGUCCCUGAUGAUCCUUCCCAAGACGGACUGCAGGGCGACGACGUCCAAUCGGGCAUGGCAGCAGAUGAUCCGUCGCCCAGCACCAUCAACCAAACAUCUUCGCCGACGUGGUUCACUGGCGCUGUCGUAGCCGCAGCCGUUGGCAUGGCCGUGCUCUUGAUGUUGGCUGUCGCUGGCGCCGUGAUGCGGUCGCGCCGCGCCGUCGAGACGGGCGGCGGCGGCCUCAAUGGACGACGUCCUCGACGUCCGAAAAUGCGUUCGAGUCAUCAUCAGGAUCAGUUGGCCGAAGAUUCGGACGUGCGUUACUUGCGGGACGAGGACGACGUCCAACUCGACCUGACGGAAGCUACGCCUUCGUCCAAAUCGGCCGCUUCAUCGCAGCGCCAGUUUGCCGACUUUGAACGACUCUAAAUCAAUACGACACUCUCCCUCUCAUUUCUUUGUUGUCUUUUUCUAUACGAUAUUCUAUUGACGAGGUCUACCAGCUCUCUAUAGGUCGCACCAUAUUCCCCCACUUUUAUUCAGAUAGAAAAAAUGCCUUUUGAUCUUGUUUUUUUUUCCAUCUCUUUUAUUUAGCCGUCAUCACGUUUUAAUUAGAGAGAAGGCCCUCUCUUUUGUAAUAUGCCUAUAACGUCAAAGUGAUGAUUUGCCGCCUUUGCAUUGGAUAUUAUUACGCGUGCUAAUUCUUUUUUUUUAUAAUACUAAACUAUUGUAAUAAUAUUGUGAAGGAUCAGUCCUCACACACUCUCACACCCAAUUCAAUAUGAAACUUAAAAAAUUUCUUUCU